GGCAUCACAUCAUGCAUCUGCUACCGGAAAUUGAUUGUGGGCCCAAGGCAUGGGCAGUGCUCAAGGACCUGCACGCUCCGACAUCGGUUGCCGCUUCUCUCAUGCUGGAUCGGGAGCUGUCCAUGCUGCGGUUGAGCGAGAAUGAACAUGUGCAGCCCGUACUGGACAAGAUGAGGGAACUCUACGCGAAAUUGGCGAUUGCAGGCAUCACGUACCCUGAGCAGACUAAGUGUCUCAAGAUGCUCAGCCUGCUGCCCGAGUGAUGACAGCACCAGCGGCUAUGCCAUGCAAGGGACAUGGAGGGAUCGAGGGCGUGGCAAUCGCGGUCGCUCCUACUACAACCAAGGUGGUCGCGGGACUUGGAACCAGCGGGGGCGUGGUGGCGCUGGUGCAAGAGGAAGAGGUGGUCACUCCAACAAUGACAACAGUGAACCACGCUUGAGGGGAGAGUGCUGGUAUUGCAAGGAAGAAGGGCA